UUUUAAUGUUUCAAAUUACAUCUUACAUACUUGUGUAAGACGCUUCAACACUCAUCACCUGCAUUUUUUACUGCAGCUAGCUAGCUACUCAACUCUUUUAACUUUAUUUGCUGUUACUUUGAGAUAUACUUAGAUCUUACUUUUUCAUUUCCGAAAUCUUCUCAACUUUCAGUCACUCACUCACAAACACUCUCAUCAAUCAUCUUUUUCAUCCUUACAAGAUGUCAAGGCCUCUCUCCCAGUUUUUCAGGAUCAUAGUUACUGAAUAUCAUCAACAAAAAAAGCUUGUAAAACCCUGUAUGUUACCAAUAAAGAUUGUGAAGAAAUAUGGAGAAGGUUUAGCAAAAGUUAUCUGUUUAAAGACUCCUGAUGGUGAAGAAUGGAAAAUAAAUUUGGUGAACAAUGAUGGCAAAAUAUGGUUUGGAAAAGGUUGGAAGGAAUUCACACAGUAUUAUUCUCUAUGUCAGGGCCAUCUUCUGAUGUUUAAAUAUCAAAGAAGUUCUGAAUUUCAUGUAGACAUCUUUGAUAAUACAACCGUUGAGAUAAACUACCCUCUCAAAAGAGUUGAAGCUGAAAAGGUUUCAAACAAUGAGGAAGAUCGUAGAACAAGUAAGAAGAGAAAAGCUAACUCUUCCUUUGAAUUUGGAAGCACUAGUUGUGCCAAGCAUCAUCCUCACAAGAGAAGCAAAGUAAAACAAGUGAAAACAACACUUGAAAGGGCAAAAGAGUUCAAAACAUCUAAUCCAUCAUUUAUUCUUGCCAUGGGUACAUCAUAUGUUGAAAGCAGAUAUUGUUUGACAAUUCCUUGUGAAUUUGGUAAGAGACAUUUUGACUUGAAAAAGAAGAUAGGAGACAUUUAUUUUGGGAUGUUGGGUGAGGAAAGAGUUUGGCGUGCACGGUACGCAAUCAAGAUGAACAGAAGAAGAAUGAAGUUUGAAGUCACAGGUGGAUGGUAUAAAUUCUCAAAGUACAAUAAUUUGAGAGUCGGUGAUGUUUGUAACUUUGAGCUCAUUCUUAAGACUGACAUGACUUUUCAAGUUCACAUUUUUAGAAAAACAAAUGAAGACAACAGUAAGACUAAUUGAAGUUUGGUUUUGUUGAAUGAAUUGAUGUAGUAAACCUUUUGUAUUACUUGCAUACUUGGUGAAGAGUAAACCUCUAUUUGGAAAAUGAGUGAUUUGAAUUUCUCUUUCUGAUU